AUUGCUGUCUGUGAUUCCGCGAAAAUGAAUGCUUGGAGAAUUGUGAUGAUUGUGUAUAAAGCAAUUGUGUUGCUAGUUGCUACAUUCAUUACAUGGCCCGCCUGGCUCGCUGCCCAUGGAAAGGGAUAUGUGACGGACCAGUAUCUUGGAAUCUGUAUUUAUGUGACCGUUCUUGCUGCCUUGAUUGGUGUUCCUAUCACACUUACUCUUGGACCUAAUCCAUCCGCACACUAUGGUGUUGCUGGGGGUUUUAUUCUGCUUUGUACCAUUUCCACUGGAAUUGCCAUACUUUGUGCU